GCAUCAGGAUGUCACUACCACGAACGCUGGGCGAGCUGCAGCUCUACCGAGUUUUACAAAGGGCCAACCUGCUGAUGUACUAUGACACCUUCAUCCAGCAGGGAGGUGAUGAUGUCCAACAGCUGUGCGAGGCUGGCGAAGAGGAAUUUCUCGAGAUCAUGGCACUGGUUGGUAUGGCCACAAAACCCCUGCAUGUGCGGCGUUUGCAGAAGGCUCUGCGCGACUGGGCGGCAAACCCAAUGCUGUUCAACCAACCUCUGGCCACCAAUGUGGCCCCUUGUGGAAUCCCUCUCCUUAGGAUCGACAGUAGCAGUGCUGCUGGCUCAGGGGUUAUUGGUGGCAGAAAAUCUUUAAGCAACGGUCAGCCAGGCUCUCCAUGUGAAAGAGAGGAAGUAGGAUCUUGCCUUACGCCGCUCAGGGAUAACAGUCCAAAGAGCCCCUGCUCACAGGCCUCUCCUGUACCUCCAGACCAUCUGUACAGAGAAAAACUGUCCCCCAUGGAUCCCCACGGGCUCAGUCCUGAAAUGUAUGGAGCCGCUGAGUUAGAUGAAGGACAGGCCAUUACCCUUCUGCCUUUCGCUUGCCACUCGCAACUUCUUGGUCCUCCGAUGCCAACUUCUUCUUCAUCCUUCUCCACUAUGACCUCUCCGUGGCCCGUAGGUCAGCUGGACCCAGAGACCAUUAAAGCCGUGGCGGAAAGC